AUGGACGCCUCAACCCUCUUCGACGUCAAGGACAAAGUGGUCCUCGUAACCGGCGGCGCAAAAGGCAUUGGUCGCAUGAUCUCAGAGGGCUUUGUCGCAAAUGGCGCCAGAGUCUACAUCUCCUCUCGCGACGCCAAAGCCUGCGACCAAGCAUGCGAGGAGCUGAACGCCUUGGGUAAAGGGAAGGCCUAUGCCAUACCGGCGGACUUCUACAAUGAGGAGGAUUGCAAGCGGUUAGCCGAGGAGCUAGGAAAGAAGGAAGACAAACUCCACAUCCUCGUCAACAACUCCGGCUCCAACUGGGGCGCCCCCUACGACACAUACCCCGACUCCGCCUGGACCCGCGUACUAACCCUAAACCUGCACCGGGUCUUCACGCUCACCCAGCUCCUAACCCCUCUCCUCGAAGCGGGCGCCACCCCCUCCUCCCCCUCACGCAUCAUAAACAUCGGCUCCGUCGACGGCCUGCGCGUCCCCGCGCUCGAGACCUUCGCCUACAGCGCCUCCAAAGCAGGGCUGCACCACCUAUCGCGGGUCCUCGCGAACCACCUCGGAAGAAGGAACAUCACGAGCAACACGCUGGCGUGCGGCCCGUUUGAGAGCAAGAUGAUGGCGGCCACGCUGAAGAAGUAUAAGAGCCAUAUUGAGGGGAAUAUUCCGUUGGGGAGGAUUGGUAGCCCGGAGGAUGUUGCGGGCGCGUGUCUGUUUUUGGCGAGUAGGGCGGGCGCGUAUGUUAAUGGGGCGACUAUUGCGCUGGAUGGGGGGAGUUUGGUGGGAGCUAAGUUGUGA